UCGUCAUACGAUCCUUCCGGUAGCUUACCUUUACUCUUUCGUCAUUUCAAUUUUUUAUUCUACUCAGCCGUCGAAGGAGCUGACCAUUUAACUAUGCUACAAGUAAAUGCACAAAAACCAUAACCGGCUGUGUAUUAUAACACAAAGGUAAUUGAAUUAUCAACCGACUUUUGCAUCGAUUAUGGAAGCUAUGUGAAGCGAAACCGCAUCCACAUCAGUCAAGUGCAGUUUAAUUUGCAACCGUUUUGCAAGAUAUCCAAUGAACCGCGAAAAAACACUAUCCAGUAAAUGGAUACGGUUUACAACCCAAAGUGCCAACCAUGCCUUGAACGGAUUGCAUGCUCUGAGAUACGAUCAUAAACAACAAGAAACGAUUGUUAAUCAAGACAACUAACUUACUUCCGAUUGCAGUAUAAACUAUAAAUUAAACUUCAAACCAAUAAGAAUCAGUAAACUAGCGAAGAGCAACAGCAUUAAAAUCAGAACCAUCGUUGGAUUAGGAACCUGAGAACGAUGGCCGAUCCAGCACCAGGAAAUAAACUGCCAAUUCAUCUUCAGAGUGCUCAAAAUCGCCUGUACAUAAAACAAGGGCAGGUAGUAAAUCACGAUGGUAUCCAGCAGGCAGACGUCUACAUCGAGGAUGGUAAAAUCAGAUACGUCGGCUCGGGUGCGGAUUUUGUCGUCCCAGAAGACUGCCGCACGAUAGAUGCUACAGGCAGGAUGCUCCUUCCGGGUGGUAUCGAUCCACACACUCAUUUUCAGAUGGAGUUUGGGGGCACCGUGUCUAUUGAUGACUUUUACCAGGGUACCAAAGCGGCCGUUGCCGGCGGAACGACCACAGUCAUUGAUUUUGUUAUCCCGAAAAAAGGAGAAUCUCUGCUGACGGCUUAUGACACGUGGCGAGCCCGAGCGGACCCGAAAGUGGUCUGCGAUUAUGGGUUGCACGUCGCUAUUACCUGGUGGUCCAAAUCAGUUCGAGAUGAAAUGAAGAUUCUAUGCCGAGAACGGGGCGUGAGCUCAUUCAAAUGUUUCAUGGCGUACAAGGGUUUGUUCCAGGUGACCGACAGUGAGAUGUACGAAAUAUUCGAAACUUGCAAAGAACUCGGUGCAGUUGCUCUGGUUCAUGCCGAGAACGGAGACGUAAUUGUCGAGAACGUGCAAAGAUUACUGAAUGCGGGUAUCACCGGGCCCGAGGGCCAUGAGCUGUCCCGCACGGAAGAAGUGGAAGCCGAGGCAGUGACCAGAGCUUGCAUGAUUGCCCACCAGACCAAAUGUCCUUUAUACGUAGUCCAUGUGAUGAGCAAAUCGGCCGGUAUUGAGUUUACACGUGCUCGACACCGUUACAGUGAAGUAGGUAUUUUCGGAGAAACCCUAGCGGCCGCCUUAGGCACCGAUGGUACGCAUUACUGGGACAAAUGCUGGCACCACGCUGCCAGUCAUGUCACGAGCCCUCCUCUCAGACCGGAUCAAACGACACCCGAAUUUUUGAUGAAUAUGCUCGCUCAAGAUGAUUUGCAAACAACUGCCAGUGACAACUGCACCUUCACCAAGAGGCAAAGAGAACUUGGACUAAGUGACUUUUCUAAGAUUCCUGAUGGCAUAAACGGAGUCGAGGAUCGUAUGUCGGUCGUUUGGGAGAAGGGAGUGCAAACAGGAUUGAUCGAUCCGCAACGGUUCGUGGCCAUCACCAGUACCAACGCGGCCAAGAUCUUCAAUCUGUAUCCUCGCAAGGGCCGUAUCGCGCCCGGCUCGGAUGCGGACGUACUUAUUUGGGAUCCAAAGAAGGUACGCACAAUCUCGGCCUCAACGCAUCAUCAGGCGACCGAUUUCAACAUCUUCGAGGGCAUGAAGUGCCACGGGGUACCGGAGUUUGUAAUUGUACGUGGUCGUGUCUGCGUGGAAAAUGGUGUACUUCGAGUGACCGAAGGCCAGGGUUCCCUUCUGAAGACUUCGGUCUUUUCACCGUUUGUGUACGAUAUACAGAAGGACAUCACAGAUAGCAAUGAUGAUGACAAAAGUUCCCGAAAUAGAUUACAGAGUCUGGAUUUGAAUCAGAAACACAACACCGAUAUCCCGAAGCCUUAAGCUUUGCCGAAAAAAUAUACUCCGGGAACGGUACUGAGCAUCACGUUGGAUGAUUCGCAGAUUAGCACACCGCACCGACUAUGUUCUGAGUAGCAAGUGGAUGAUUUAAAAAGAUGUAUUUUUUUUGUUAAAA